GCAAGACCUUUUAUGUAAAAUUCACCUUCUCCUCAAUUUGAGGAACAAAAAAAAAUUGAGAGGAAACAAUUUCCGGGAAAAUUUCUGACGAGUUAAGAGUACUACUCAUCGGAUCUUCCCCAAAACUCGAAUUAAGAGCUGAAAAAACCCAGCAACAGUCUCUCAUUCACUCACUCUCUUAGAAAUUUUGGAGCUGAUUGGAGAGAGUGUUGGGCACUGUUGUUAUUUUCUUGUGAUUCCGAAGAAUGGAAAUGAUAGGAAUUGGAAGCUAUGUGCCACCUCCUUAUAUACCCUUGUCGCAGUCAGAGGAAGAAUCUGAAGCUUUAAUCACAGGGAACAAUAGUGUACAAGCUUCAGCCUCGAUUAGUAACGGCACCGUGCAAUGGUCUUCUGGAAUCUGUGCUUGUUGCGACGAUUCAACGAGCUGUUGCAUAGGUAUCUUUUGCCCCUGCUAUCUCUUUGCUAAGAAUGCAGAGUUUCUGGGUUCUGAAACCCUGGUAGGACCUUGUAUGGCUCAUUGUAUGCUCUGGGCCCUCGCCAGCAGUCUUAGUUGCUUAUAUUGUGUACUUUUGGGGUUGCCUGGCUGCCUUCUUUCGUGUUAUGCUUGCAACUAUCGAAGGAUUCUUCGGACCAAAUACAAUCUUCCGCUCUAUCUUCCAAUUCUACUUCAUCAUAGCCAGGAAUUUCAACGGCGAAGAGUUGAGUUUGCCUCAACUGACAUCUAUGGUUUCUUCCAUAAGGAGGCACCUUGUGGAGAUUUUGCGACUCAUUUGUGCUGUCAUCUAUGUGCAUUGUGCCAAGAAUACAGGGAAAUUUGUGAAAGAUCUGGUGAUCCCAACUACAGUGACCCUAAACUACCUGUAAUCACCGCUCCUCCUGUACAGAAAAUGGAAGCGAGUCCAGGAGAAUGAUCGAGUAUUAUCCAGGUUUGUUUGACUAUAGCUACCCUAAAAAAUGCCCAGACAUUGAUUUCAAGUAAUCAUCGUGGCCCUCGAUGUGCUGCUUUGGGGAAUUAUCAUGUCAUUAGGUCUCAUGUUAUGAUUCUUAAUAUCUAUCUUUCUGAGAGACUAUGAAUGUAUUAAUCUUUUCCUGAGAGACUAUGUAUUAAUCUUUUCUGAGAGACUAUGUAUUAAUCUUUUCUGAGAGACUAUGAAUGUAUUAAUCUUUUCCUGAGAGACUAUGUAUUAAUCUUUAUAUACUUGAAAUCAUUUUAGUGCUCUCAACAUAUAAGGAAUGAUAAAUUACUGUUGUGUCGCCUACCAA